AUGAAUUUCUCAGAAAUUUUACGAAAUUUAUUAUUCCCACCUCUUUCUCCUACUAAUUCUUCAAUUCAUAACACUGAAUUACAUAAAGCAUCAAUCUAUAAUAACGAUAAUACUCAUCAUAUUAAUAACAAAUUAUGCUUAUUAUUAAGUCAUGGAAAUGCUGUACAUGAAUUAUUCUUUAUUGAAUGUAUUAAUCAAUUUUUACAAAACUAUGCUACAACAAUAAUUCAUCCGUCUCCUAUUCCUACUACCAUGAAUAUCAUUGAUGAUGAUGAUGAUGAUGAUAAUAAUAAUAAUAAUAAUAGCACAGUUCCUGAUAAUCAGCAAAACACAAUUAAAUGUUUAAUUUUUUGUUUUCAUAAAUCAUGGAAUAUUUAUCAUAAAUUAAUCAAUCCAUUAUAUGCAAAUAAUAUAACAUUGAAAAAUAAUUUAACCAUUAUUGAUAUGACAGUAAUGCUAGAGAAUUUACUACUCAAAUCAAAUUCAUACUCUGAAUUAGAUAAUAAUGAUAAAGAUUUAACUACUGAUGAAAAUAUUGGAACUAUUAUUAAGAAUUAUAUCAAAGACAAGACUGAUGAAUUUCUGAAGAAUAAUUACACAACUAAUCCUUCGAAUGGUGUGCAACAAAAAAAUAUUGGCAUUUUCAUUGAUAAUAUAACAGCUUUAUAUGAUCUAGGAGUUACUGUACGUGAAUUAGAACAAUUUUUAUGUAGUUGGCUUUAUCAUUCACGUGAUCAGCAAACUGCCAUCAAUAUAGCGAAUAUAUUAGUUUGUAUCGGAAUACAUAUUGGAGAUUUUUUCCAAGAUUCAAUUGUAUCAGAAUACGAACCUGCUUUAGUACAUCUCGUUGGUCUAUGGAAAUCACGGGCUUCAAUUACACUAGAAUGUAAACCAUUACUAACAGGUUAUACAUCAUUGGUUGAUGGUCAGUUAAUUUGUUGGAAACGUUCAAUAGAGGAUAAUAUUAAUCUUCAGAAUGUUAACACUUCGAGCACAUAUCAUUUUCAUGUUGAAGGUAAACAUAUAAACUGUUAUACUCCAGGAACUUCAAAAUUGCUAACAUGA